CAGCUAUAUUUAUUAGUUUAGUUUAUUAUUAUAAUAAAUACACAUAUAAGGUCAACUGCAGCAGCAAAAUGACUUCGCGCAACCUAACAGAGGUGUUUGUCAUCAUGCGCAAUAAUGCCAGCAAGAAUCGUAGUCACUACGACGAUCGGCGCGGCAGCGACUCCGAGCGUUUGCUGAGGCAUUCAGUGCGUGAGGCUGAGGAAGGUCUAGAACUGCAGGAUGACUAUGCUACGCCUCCCAUCUGGCUGGAUAAAUUUGAGGAGGCUCAGUAUACCAUGUCCAAAAUCAAGCCAAAGCUGGAUGAGUUGGGCUCACUACAUGCACGCCAUCUGUUGCGCCCCACCUUCGACGACCAAAGAGACGAAGAAUGCGAAAUCGAAGUUCUUAGCCAGAUGGUGUCCAAGCUUAUUGCCAGCACACAUAGGCAUAUACAGUGCGUGCGCUCCAGCCUGGGCGUGGGCACCAAAAUAGAGCAGCGUCUAACCGCCAAUGCAGUACACUGUGCGCUGCUACAGCUACAGGAUCUUACCUACAAGUUUCGCAGCAGCCAAAACGCCUAUUUGGUGCAGCUAAACUCGCGCGAAGAACGUUCACAAAAAUACUUUGACAACGAUAGCUUCACCAACGUAGAGCUAGGCGACAGCAGCAGCGCUGAGCCAGCGAACUUUGUAGAUACAUUUGACAAUUUUUUGCAGCCAAUGGAGUCUGCUGUACGCGCCAAGACUCAGAAUGCGUACCUAUUCGGAGACGACGAUCAGGAUAUCGAUGACCACUUCAAGAAGCCUGUGGCCCAGCGUAUGACGCAACAGCAGCUGCUACUCUUCGAAGAGGAAAACUCGCGUGUGGCGCAGCAUCGCGAGGAGGAGGUGACCAAAAUAGUUAAAUCCAUAUACGACCUCAACGACAUAUUUAAGGAUCUUGGACAUAUGGUGCAAGAGCAGGGCACAGUACUCGAUCGCAUUGAUUACAAUGUAGAGCAAACACAAACGCGCGUCUCCGAAGGAUUGCGUCAACUCCAACGCGCCGAACUGUACCAGCGGAAGAAUCGCAAGAUGUGCAUUAUACUAGUUCUGGCAGCGGUGACCCUAUUCAUGCUCCUGCUGCUAAUCGUUACCAAACUGUAGGCAGUCUUGUUAGUCACUCCAUUCCGUUUUUCUGUGUAAUUAUUGUGUGUGAAUAAAUGUAUGUUUUGAUUAUUUAUUAUUAAACAAAAAAAGAUUA